AUGGCUGACACAGUAGCCAACACAACAGAAUACAUGGAAUUCUUGCUCAUGGGAUACCCAGAUGAACAGGUGCUGCAGACAUUGUGUGCCACACUUUUCUUCUUGCUCUACCUGGCAGCACUAGUGGGGAACCUCCUCAUUAUCACUGUUACUACUGUAGACAAGCAUCUCCAGUCCCCUCUGUAUUUCUUUCUGAAGAAUUUGUCCCUGAUUGACAUCUGUUAUAUUUCUGUCACUGUUCCCAAAUCCAUCAUGAACUCUGCGACUAACACCCAUUCCAUCACCUUCCUGGGAUGUGUUUUACAAGUUUUCUGUGUUAUAUUUUUGGCAGGCAGUGAAUUCGCCCUGCUCUUAGUGAUGUCCUAUGACCGCUAUGCUGCCAUUUGCUUCCCUCUGCACUAUGAGGCCAUAAUGAGUAAGGAUGCCUGUGUUCAGAUGGUGGCAGCAGCAUGGCUCAGCGGGUGUGUCUAUGGGUCUGUCCAUGCCACAGGAACAUUCUCUGUCCGUUUUUGUGGUCCAAAUGUAGUGUAUCAAUUCUUCUGUGAUAUCCCAUCACUUCUUAGACUUGCUUGUUUUGGAGACGAAAUUCUAGAAUAUGUGUUUAUUAUUACUAGCUGUUGUUUCGCCUUCGUGUGUUUUAUAUUGAUGGUUAUUUCCUAUGUUCACAUUUUCACUAUUAUCCUAAGAAUCCCUUCUACACAAGGAAGGUUUAAAACCUUCUCUACCUGUGUACCCCAUCUUACUGUAGUGACCUUAUUUCUCUCUUCUGGAUUUGUUGCAUAUUUAGGCUCAACAGCAAAAUCCCCAUCAUCACUGAACGUCUUUAUGUCAGUGUUCUACUCUCUGUUACCCCCCAGCCUGAAUCCUGUGAUUUAUAGCUUUAGAAAUUCAGAUGUAAAAGUAGCCCUACACAACAUUUUUGGUGAAAAAAUGAUCACAUACCUCUAA